CCCACAUCCAUCCAUUCAUUCAUUCAUUCAUUCUUCUUCUGCAAGGCUGAAUUAGCUUAGCCUACCUGUGGGAGAGUGGGGGAGAGAAAGAUGGCUCAUGUGCACCCUACCUUCUUCUCUCCUGACACAAAUACUUCUGCUAAUAAAUAUGAAAUCGUGUGCCAAUACAAGUCCAAGGCCGCAAUCAAUUCAAGAAGCAUGUGGUUUGGAGAUGAUCCUCUAAAAUUCACCUUACCCAUCUUGAUGUUUCAGCUCAUCUUGUUCAUGUUCUUAUCCCGCUCCCUUCAUUAUGUCCUCAGGCCUCUCAGGCAACCCAAGUUCAUCUGUAACAUAAUUGUAAGCAAACUUAUUAAUUUUUUCUUCUUCUUCUUUGAAAAUUCUAUGAAAAUGAACAGAAAUUUGCUACGAUGGCCUUCCAAGAAAGCACUAAAUAUCGGUAUCAUAUGUUUCUUAAUUCCUUUCAUAGUCACCAAUUCCAUUGGUCUCUAUUUGAGUAGAUUCAUCGACGACGGCCUAGGACCUUUCUACUUCUUUGUGGGUGCAUCCUUGUCUAUCACCGCCUUCCCUGUUCUUGCUUACACCAUAAGUGAAUACAAUCUAGUCAAUACCGAGAUUGGGAGGCUUGCAUUAUCAUCUUCAGUGGUUAAUGACAUACUGGGAUAUUUCUUCAUGGCAUUGUACAUCGUUAUACAUCAGACCAGCUUGAGCAACUCACUACUCACAUUUAUGAUCUUAAUUGCUUUGGCAAUUUUUGUAAUCUUUAUGCUGCCGCCUGGCAUAUUGUGGAUUAAUAGGACACACACAAAGGGGAGACCAAUAAAUCAGAUUUUCAUCACAGUUAUACUGCUUGGAGUACUGAUCUUUACAACAUUUGGAGAAAUGAUAGGUGCUUCUGCAGUUGAUGUGCCUCUUAUGCUAGGCUUCGCUAUACCUGAAGGCUCACCCAUUGGCAUAGCCCUUGCUGAAACCAUUGAUACCAUGCUCGAGGAUUUUCUUCUUCCUUUUUUCUAUAUUCGACUCGGGCUAAGUAUAGAUGUUUACCAGAUCAAAGACAUGAAAAACUUUGAAAUGCUUCAAUCCAUCAUUGUUAUUGGAUACACAGCCAAGCUGGUAGCUACUAUGAUACCAUCACUUUUCUGCAAUCUCAGCGUUAAACACUCAUUGUCCCUUAGUCUUAUGAUGAACAUUAGAGGCUUGAUUGAGAUGGUCACCUUCAUAAAUUGGAGAGCAAAAGAGUUUGUGCAGUUGAUAGACGAUCAAAGCAUGGCCAUUCUGACAUUAUCAACUAUCAUCGUUACAUCCAUUGUAACCCCCUUGGCGACAAUUUUCCUUGAUUCUUCAAACCAUUUUGUUGCAAAGACAAAUGGAACAAUACAAAAUGCCAUAAUGGAUCCAGAAUUUAGGGUUCUUACAUGCAUCCAUGGUGAGGAAGAUGUCCAUGCCAUCAUCACCCUCCUUGAAACUUCCCACCCAACCAGUUUCAGUGCCAUAAGCGCGUAUGUGCUCCACCUGGUCGAGCUAGUUGGUAGAGUUAUCCCUGUGACAUAUUGUCAAACAAUAAGCAAGCAGAUGUUGGAAAGCAACGAUUUUGAUCCUACUACAGCUGCCUUCAGAAACUACUCAAACAACUCAAAUGGGUGUUUUUGCUUUCAACCCUGUACUGUCGUCGCCCCUUAUAAGACCAUGCACAAGGACAUUUGCACGUUAGCGCUUCAGAAAAGGGCAGCUCUCAUUAUCAUUCCUUCACGCAAGAAUCACUCCUUCAUUGGUGGAGGAGUGUCUGCUACUAAUAGCUCCAUAAAUAAACUUAAUCGGAAUGUACUCCUAAAUGCACCGUGCACAGUGGGGAUUCUUGUGCACCGUGGACACCACAGCUUGGCCGCAGUGCGUGACUACUUCGCUUACAGAUAUAGCAUACUUGUAAUAUUUUUAGGUGGAACAGAUGACCGUGAGGCGUUGGCCUACUGCACCCGAAUGUCGACACACCCUGGCGUGAGCGUCACCGUGGUAAGGUUUAUGCUGUGCGAAACGAACCGAGACAAGAACGAUGAGAAUGAGAGGAUGAUGGACGACUUUGUUGUGCAUGAAUUCAAACUCCACAACAUCAGAAAUGAACGUGCCGUGUACUGUGAGAAAGUGGUGGAGGACAUGGAGCAGGUGUUUUAUGGAAUCCGAUCUCUACGGUUUAAUAACUACCACCUUGUGAUGGUGGGACGACGACAUAACACAAACUUGAUGAAUGACACAGCCAUGGAGAAUUGGAUUGAAAAUUCGGAGCUUGGGGUGAUUGGCGAUAUGCUUGAGUCAUCAGACUUUGCAACUAGUGUGGCUUCUAUCUUGGUAGUGCAACAAUGUGUUAUGGUAGAUGGGGAUUGUUUUAAUUGGAAAACUGAGAGUUCACAUUAUAUGCACUGGUGUUCAUGA